UAGUAUAGAUAGAUCACAUAGUUAAAGAAAUGAAUGCUUUACUCAACCAACAACAAUUAACAAGAUGGUAACACAUAUGGUAUAUAAUCAAAAAAAAUAAAGAAAAGGUAAACAAAAAUCUAAGAGAAUCAUUACGUUUUGAGUAAGUUAUCCAAUUUCACAACCACUUCUAUAUAGACAAGAUAUGAAUAAUUGACAAGUUAUACGGACCGGUUAACCAGUAAGAUUAAAAACGCGUUUAUGGACUAAUACAGAAAGAAGAAAAUAAAAUCAUCAUUUGCCAGAGAAGCAGUUUCACAAAGUGCACACUCUUCAUCUUCUUUUUCUUCUCGGUAAUGUUCUCUUCGUAGAGGAAGAAGAUCAACGAAGCAUAAGCGAAACCUAUCCUCCUUACCUAAGCCACAUCAUAAAAAUGGCGGCUGCUUAUUUCUUCUCGCGGUUUACUACAUUCCCUUUCCUCUUUUCCUUGGCUCUUCUCUGUGGAUUUUCUCUAGCCGGCGAUCCUUCCGUCUCCUACGUGUUUGAAGUCUCGUACAUCACUGCUUCUCCUCUCGGCGUUCCUCAACAGGUUAUAGCUAUCAAUGGGAAAUUUCCAGGCCCUGUGAUUAAUGUGACCACAAACUACAAUGUUGAUGUUAAUGUUUUCAAUCGUUUGGAUGAGCCUUUUCUAUUCACCUGGAAUGGGAUCGAGAUGCGGGGUGAAUCGUGGCAAGACGGUGUUCUUGGCACAAACUGUCCCAUCCCUCCGAACUGGAACUUCACUUACAGCUUUCAAGUGAAAGAUCAAAUCGGAAGUUUUUUCUAUUUCCCCUCACUUAACCUUCAGAGAGCUUCUGGUGGUUUUGGACCAAUCAUAAUCAAUAACCGGGAUCGUAUUCCUAUCCCGUUCAAUGAGCCAGAUGGCGAAAUCAGCUUUAUGAUUGGCGAUUGGUAUACUCAGAACCAUACAGCUUUAAGGGGUGUACUUGACUCUGGUGAAGAACUUGGGAUGCCUGAUGGAGUCCUCAUCAAUGGGAAAGGUCCUUACAAGUACACUAGCAGUGUACCUGAUGGAAUCCAGUAUGAAACCAUUAAUGUUGAUCCAGGGAAAACAUACAGGAUCCGUGUUCACAAUGUUGGUACCUCGACAAGCUUGAACUUCAGGAUUCAGAACCACAAAAUGCUCUUAGUUGAAACUGAGGGUCACUACAACUUGCAAACAAACUUCACCGAUUUCGAUAUCCAUGUGGGACAGUCUUAUUCAUUCUUGGUCACCAUGGACCAAAACGCCUCAAGUGACUACUACAUUGUGGCGAGUGCAAGGUUUGUCAAUGAAACAGCGUGGCAAAGAGUCACAGGUGUUGGCGUUCUCCAUUAUUCCAAUUCCAAAGGACAGGCUUCUGGUCCUCUUCCAGUUCCAGCGACUGAUGUUUCUCAACCUUGGUCUGUAAUGAACCAACAAAGAGCCAUAAGGCAAAACACAACUGCAAGUGGUGCUCGUCCAAAUCCGCAGGGAUCAUAUCACUACGGAGAGAUAAACAUCACAGACACAUACAUCUUGAGGAGUAUGCCUCCAACCAAAAUCAAUGGGUCAGUUCAUGCUACGCUUAAUGGGAUUUCAUUUCUGAACCCAAUCACGCCCAUGAGGCUUGCGGAUAAGCAUAAAGUGAACGGAGUUUAUAAACUGGAUUUCCCAGAGAGACCUGCUGACAAUAUACCUCCACGUUUGGAGAGUUCUAUCAUCAACGCGACAUACAAAGGCUUUAUUCAAAUUAUCUUCCAGAACAAUGACACCAAAGUCCAGAGCUUCCAUAUUGAUGGAUACUCGUUUUACGUUGUUGCGAUGGACUUUGGUAACUGGACUGAAGACAAAAAAGGCUCUUAUAAUAAUUGGGAUGCAGCAUCAAGAAGCACGGUUGAGGUUUACCCAGGGGCAUGGACUGCAGUACUUCUUUCCCUCGAUAAUGCCGGAGUUUGGAACAUCAGAGUUCAGAAUCUUGACAGAUGGUAUCUUGGCCAAGAAACAUACAUGCGAAUCAUAAACCCCGAGGAGAACGGUAGCACAGAAAUGGAUCAGCCUGGAAAUGCUCUUUACUGUGGUGCUCUCAAGAGCAUGCAGAAGGACCAGAUCCAUAGCUCUGCAACAUCAAUAUUAAAUGGAAAGUGGAAUCUAGUUUUCAGCUUGGUGAUGGUUCUGCUCGCCUUGGUUCCAGUAUUUUUCUGUUAGAUCUGAUCUCUCAUUGGUGAAAUUGUAUGAUACAAACUGUUGGGCUUCUUUUUUCUUCUUCUUUGAUUUCAUUGAUUGUUUGUUUAUGUACUUCUCAUUAUCCGAAAUAACUUCAGAUUGGCU